CAUCAAUAUUCUUCCUCCUUUUCCCACCAUUGAACAUCUUUACAACUGAACCAUACAACAUUACUAUACUGCUUUUCUAUGCCAUUUUAAAUUCCCUUUUGCCCUUUCAUUUCUUUUUUCACCUUCAAAUCCCGAGAGAAACUCGGGAUCAGUCAAAAAAUUGCAAUGAAAAGCCUUGACAACGCGUCGUGUUUUUCUCUUGUAAAGAUCUGAAGGUCAACUUUUGCGAUUCCAAGUUUCGAAGGCUACAACGGACAAGAAUACGGUUGGAGAAAUAUUACACUGUGAAAUAAUGAGCACCAAGGUGAAGGGCCUCUUGAAAGGUCUACGAUACAUUACUCAAAAAUUCGAUGAGGGUAAAGAACCAGAAAUGGAGAUUGGUUUUCCAACAGAUGUAAAGCAUGUGGCUCACAUAGGGUGGGAUGGACCCUCUGUUGAUACACCAAGCUGGAUGAAGGAAUUCAGAUCCCAACAAGGAUUCCAAUCAGCACCAUUGAGUGCCAAUGGGGAACCAAAGGAGAAUCCUGAAGUUAAAUGGGUUUCUCAGGACUCAUGCCGUAGGAGUUCGAGAUCACAUAACUCUCCAUUGAAUGGCAACGAUGCAUCGCCGAAAUCAACGAGACGCCACUCUUCUUCUGCAGAUGCAGAUGGUCCUACUGCAACAGAAAGCCCAACUCGAGAUCCAUCCACCAAGUCAAGGCAAUCAAGGAGAUCAUCCAACAGCUCUAAAACAAAUCGACAACCCAAAGAUUCAAGUCUUGGAUCGGAUUCAUCGUCGCAUGGCAAGCCAGACAUCCCGAAGAAAGCACGGCGAAAGAAGUCGAAGGAAUCAGUAGGUGGGGAGUCAUCGAGAUCAUCGAGGUCGAAAGCAAACGCUCCGACUUCAUAUACAUCUACGUUCUCGGACCCUGGAGCAGAUACCGAAUCCAUAUCUAGAACCUGCAACGGCGACCUUUGUCAAAGUUCCAGUUUGAAACCUUUUGCUAGAGAGGAAGACAAGGAAUGUAAUGAGGUUUCUUGAAAAGUCUUUUGGCCUUUGUGUUGUAGCUAGAGAGACUUGGUUAGUUGAAACAAAAUUUUGCUUAAAUCUCACCAUUCCUUUUGUAGUAUAACAAUGUCACACCUGUUUUAGACACCAGAACUAAGAACAACUUGAGAAUAGUAUUGCGCCUGUACCCAUGCUCAUUUGGUCAACUUUUUACCCCUUGGAGAUUCUAGGAUGUAUGGCAAUUGAGAAUGCGAUUAAGAAAAAUGUUCGCCACUUUUCAAUUUUCAACCUAUGGAGGAAUCGAAACGCUCAGUAUUCGUAGUUUCUACGUAUACCAAGUUGUUACAAGGUCUUUAAGCUCUAAUAAUAGCUUAGGUUACAUGUUCGAGAAAGAUCGAUAUAGAAUUGUAUUCUUUUAUAGGCAAAAUGCAGAUUACCGCCAUAAAUGGAAACAUAAAUAUAUAUGCAGCUUUCACUGGUGGAAACUCCUAAUUACAUAAUUAUCCCUUCCAACUACAAUUACUACAACCUCACAAAAUUGAUGUCCCAACUAGUCAGCAGUGUAAAAUGUAAAGUUAUACUACAACUAUGCUAGAAGUAACAAAAACCCCAGAAACAUCAACAGAUGAGAAGUUUGUUGGACAGAAUUGCCCCCAACAAACAGGACUUGGCUAGAACCGAUACGAGAGAUGUUGCUGCACAAUUUCAGCUGCCCUAAACUGCCACUAAUUUUGGCAUACCUCAAUCCCUCAUCAACGCACAGAUCUGAGUUCCCCUCCAACUUCAGCUUCUCUCCCAUUUUCGCGGCGAAUUUAACCGAAAACGGAAGUUUACCCCUCAACUUGUUGUUCAUCAGAUUAAUCUCACUCAGAGACUCCAAUGAGCCAAACUCCUCUGGCACUGUCCCUUCAAGCCCAUUGUUAUCGAGCCCUAUAUAGCACGCGUUUCUCAGAAAUACCCCCAUGGAAGCCGGAAUAUUCCCAACCAGUCCGGUGCCAGAUAACCCAAUUCCCAUAAUACCCCCGAGAUUCUCCCAAAUCUCCGGAAUCGCCCCUCCGAGGUUGUUCCCACUCAAAUGCAGCUCUCUCAAACUAGUCAGCUCUCCUAAAAACAGAGGAAUCCCAAACUUACCAAAACUGUUAUAACCCAGAUCAAGAAACUCCAAAUUCCUCAUAUUCUUCAACCCACCUGGGAUUUUCCCCGAAAAAUUAUUCCAACUAAGAUCAACCUUCAAAACCUCGGUCAACCCUCCAAUCGAAUCAGACACAUAUCCUUCGAACCCAUUCUGGCUAAGAUCAAGAACCUUCAGUUUCUUCAACUUGGACAAAUCUCCCUUCACUUCCCCAGUGAACUUAUUCCUCGAGAGCGUAAUCUGUUCGAGGCUGGUUAAAUCACCCAAGCCAUCCGGGAUUUCGCCCGAAACAUUAUUCCCGGUGAAAACCAACCUCCUUAAACUCGUUAAGUUUCCCAUUUUACCCUCUAAAGAGCCAACCAGAGAAGGGUUUUCGACGAACAAGACCUCCUCCAGAGAAGAGCCGAAAGCAGAGAGGUCUGGAACAGGGACUUGUUUGGAAGAGAAAAAGCAUUUGUAGAAGAAGAGUUUACGGAGGUAUUUGAAGGAGGAGAGGAGAGGAGUGGUUAUAGUGGAGUUGGGAGUGCACGGCGGGUUCGGGGAGUAAUCUGAGACGUAGCCGAAGCUUAGCUCGGUGACGUGGGUGGAUUGAGAGCCGUCUGAUUCGUCGAACAAGUCGCAGGCGACGCCGUGCGGGGCGGAGAGGCAGAGGUCGUCGGGGAAGAGGUUCCGCCAGGGGAUUUCCGAGUUGAUCGAGUCGAGGACUCGGUAGACCGAUUCUUGCUCGGCCGAGUCAAGGGCGGGUUGGGAGAUUACUUGGUUGAAGAUUAGGAAGAGGGUGAGAGCACAAAACAGAGAGAAAGAGACAGCCAUUGUCGUUGGAGAAGAC